UACUCGUGGUCUCUUGCCAGCUCGCGCAGAGUCUGACGCGGGCUAACUACACUACUAGAUAGCAUGCGAGAGGCGAUACACGCCCUGCGUUGCAUCUUCUGGUGCAUCCGAAGUACGCAGAGCACGCGGAUCGAUCCGACUGUGCUUUGCAACGGAGCAUUUUCAGAGAAAACCGCCUUUAUUUUCUGACCUUCGUCGCCCGUUGGGUAGAUGGUAUCGUUCCUGGGACGAACAGACGUUCGAGGAGUGAGAUAUAGAGUAACAGAC